AUGAGGAAAUCUCUGAAAAAACUCCUGCUCAUUUUGAAUGGUGCAUUGCUGGCCCUAGGAAAUUGCGGUGGCCCACUUAUACAGCGGCUCUACUUCUUGAAAGGCGGUAAGAGUGUUUGGAUAUCCAGCUUUCUGCAAACUGCUGGCUGGCCGCUUGUCCUUUUUCCUCUCAUUGUUUCAUACAUGUUUCGCCGAAGCAAGGAGGGUGCUAGGGCCAAGCUCUUCUAUAUAACCCCUCGGCUCUUCCUUGCUUCUGCUGUUCUCGGCGUUCUUACUGGCUUGGAUGAUUUUUUUCCGCCUAUGCAAAAGUUAACAUCUUUUACCAUCAAUGCAAUUUUGUUGUUGACAAUUGGAGCUGUUAUACUAGUUCUUCACGCGAGUUCCGAUCGCCCUGCCAAUGAAUCUAACAAGCAGUACUUUUUGGGAUUCUUCAUGACACUUUUAACUGCAGCACUAUAUGGAUUUGUGCUGCCAGCAGUUGAGAUGACAUACAAGAAAGCAAAGCAAACCAUAACCUAUACUUUGGUCAUGGAGAUGCAGAUGGUUAUGUCGUUCUUCGCGACUGCAUUCUGUUCUACUGGGAUGCUCUUACACAAUGACUUUCAGAGAAUCCCGGAAGAAGCAAGUGCAUUUGAGCUUGGGCAAGAAAAAUAUUAUGUGGUGAUCAUUUUUAAUGCAGUCUUAUGGCAAUGCUUCUUCAUGGGAGCAACUGGGGUGGUUUUCUGUGGCUCCUCAUUGCUUUCUGGCAUUAUAAUUGCCACCCUCCUGCCCGUGACAGAGUCUUUAGCUGUGCUGUUCUACCAUGAGAAAUUUCAUGCUGAAAAAGGAAUUUCUCUUGUUUUGUCUCUCUGGGGAUUCAUUUCUUACUUCUAUGGUGAGCUCCAACAGAAGAAGAAGAAUAAGAAAAAGAAGAAAACUUCAGAACUAGAGUUAGCUUAA